UUUUCGCUCGAUAUCGGUUAUCCGACAUAUUUGAAUAGUUAUCGAGCGAUCCGCGAGCGGCGGUCAUCGAUGACCGCCGUGGCAGUCAACGCGCGUCAACAUCGCUUUCGUCCACCGUAGUGGAACGGCCGCGGUCGGUCUACGACCAGCGUCGCUGUUUCCCUCGUUCCGCCGGCGAAUGUUCGUGAAAAUGUGUACAACCGAGCGGAGCACUCGAGUCGACAAUGAGUCUUGAUUAUCGAUUCAAUAGAAUUGGUUCAACUUCCUGCGGCCGCGUUCCAUCUCCCACCACUCCUCCCCUAGCCUCUUCCUAGCAAUUCUCCUUAGCAGCGCCGCUCCCCCCUGCCCCGUCUUCUCGCACGCAAGGGUAAACCCCGAUACAACGCGACAGCGAAACCGCCGAGCAACACCUACUUGUCUCGAAUUCCUCCGAAAAACUGGGAGAACGUCUCUCGAGAUUCAUCCUUUAUGCCUGCACCCGGACAAAUAUUCAAAUACAUUUCACGUAAUUCGUAAUUGAACCAGGUGACCCGUGCACGACGAGUACACCCGCCAUUUUGAAACCCAAAGCGCUGCUUCGACGAGUUUCCUUUUCAUUUCGCUUUAAAUAUUCGAAUGGACAUCGCGUUUGCCCUUCGCCCGACGCGUAUACUCGUCGUUGCCCGAUUCCAUCGGUCGGUCCCUCAUCGAGCGCGAAAGCAAAGCUCGUUGUUCCCCGUGCAUGCCGAACAAGGGAAAUUCCCCUCGGUUUCCCGUUGUUCCAUCGACUUUCGAGCCGCGUCCAGGGCACGAGAACUUAUCGUUCCACAUUGAUCCGCGCGUCGUCGGGCCGAAGGUUGCCUUUAUCGAUAAACUGGACGCGGCAGCGUCGAGUCGCUCGCGGGUUCCACGGCCGCUUGGGCGUCGAAUUGAUGGAACGCGUUCGGAAUAUCCGUUGCGACUUAUCCGGCGUAUCGCGAUAGGCCGGCUCGAUAUUAUCGGGCCGAUAACGGGAAACCGAGAGGAUCGUCGAUCCGCGACGAACAGUGUUCGAAAAACAGGCCGACGGGCGAUUGUUUCCGAGAAUCGUCCUGUUCCUCGGUUCACUGCCGGUGAACAAGAAGAAGCGUCGAGCCCCAAGGAUCAUCCUCUAACUCCCAAACUCGCAGAACAGCGAUAACGAUAUUCACGGUCCGCCGCGUGAAAAGCUGUGUCGUAUGCGGCGUAUGCGGCGUAUGCGGCGUAUGCGAAACCGAACGGCCGAGGAAGAUUUCAUGGUGAGGAUAAUCGGGACUGGCGUCCAGGCAACCCAUUAUGGUUCAGGGGGAAAUGGAAGUCAGUGGCCUUAAUUCCGCGACAUCCGUAUCACGGAAACGACGAGCUACGAACGUUACGAAGGUAACGGCAUUCCUCCUUUCGAUUUCGCAGAGGACACUGCGAGCCAAACGAUAGAGAUGCGGGAGAACGAAACGUCGUACGCACCGCCCGUCCACGCGGGUCCGAGAGUGAUCACGUCGCAGCCACACGGUACGAUACGCGAAGUCCGACAACCGACGAGGCCCACCCCCCAGAACAGCCUGGACUGGGUGCCGACUCCGAUGUCUCAGCUGAGCACGCUGUCGGGGACGUAUUCUCUGGGCAACGUGGACCAGCUGGAGAUCCAGCAGAUCGUAGACUUGAGCACACUGCUGGGCAGAUCGGACAGGCGUUUUCAGUACAGGAUAAGAAUCCCGAAAGCGGAAACAUUGUUCCUGGCCACGGAGUCGAGGUCCGAGAGCCAAUCGAAUCCAUUCAGUUGCUCGACAUUAAUCCAUGAGGAUUUCACGUUGAACGUCUUGGACCGACGCGGCAUGUCCGGGUUCGUCAUGAAAAUGAAUACGAGAUGGACCUACAGUUUCAACAGAUUGCACAAAAUUACAGUGGGAAACGAGAACCUUAUCGGAACGGUGGAAGAAAAUUUCGGCGUGAUAGGAGCCAAGUUUACGGUGUACGACGAGACACGGAAAAAGCUGUGCAACAUUGUUGGCCCGAACGUGUGCGGCUGCUGCAUGUACCAGGAGGCGCAAUUUCAAGUUAUUACAAUCGAUGGCACUCAUCAGAUCGCAACCCUGAUGCACCAAUGGGACGAUAUCACGCGUGAUUAUACUUUCUUAGCCACUUUUCCAGCGGACCUGAAUAUAAAACUGAAAAGUUUACUCCUCGCUGCUGUUUUUCUACUGGAGCACAUGUAUUUCGAACGAAUAAGAAGAACGUCACGUAUCUGAAAUAGGAAUGAAAAUAUGUAUACGUACUGUUGAAAAUGUGUUAUCGAAGAAUGUAAUUUUGUAUAAACUAAUUUUCAUUUAAAUCGACGACAAAAAAUAUACC